AUGUUGCCUGCCACUGGUGUCCCCAUUACGAUCGACAACCCAACAAGGAAUGUGCAACUCGAUCAAAUGUCAUCCACCGUACACGAUUGCGACCAAAAGCUUGUGCCAGCCUUUCAUUCACGAGCAUCGCUACUUUCAGAUUGUGGGCAACUCAUUACCGACAUGGGCGAAGCAACGGCAGCGAUGACUAUUGCACCUACUUCAUCCGUUGGGUAUCUUUGUGCUGGGAGAAUCUUUUCGGAUCGAGGACAACACGCGUCAGCUAUCAAGAUGUAUGAUGAUGGGUUGCAACAUGUACCAAAUUCUGAUGAUGGAUAUGCGCAGCUCGUGUCAGCAAAAGCGGCUUCACAGGAUCAGCUCAACAAGCGUAUCGACUUUGUCACGUGCUUGCCGUUGGAAAUAGUAUCGUCAAACGUUGUGCCAAGGAUUUUGGGUGGUCAAAAGAUGAUGCAGAUUGGACCAGCAGAAGGCUAUUUGGAUGUGUCUCGUACUUGGCGUGAGAGGAUAGCAAUGGCAGGCGGUUUGACGUUUCGUGUCGGACCUUCACCUUUAUCAGCGAGGACCUAUGACUACUUAUUGGAUAUGGCACCCUUUAUCAAAUCAUUCACUGUAUGGGGCCUUCAUGAUGGCAUGGUGGAUCAGCUAACAAGUCGCACAAUGUUUACAGCACUGAAAACAUUGAAUGUUGAUGUUCGUUCGCGACGCUUCAACCAAUUGCUGCCGGUUUUACAUUCAAUGGGUGCGUCAUUGACACAGCUCACUAUUGACUACCAAUAUUGCUAUACUUAUGGGACGCCUUACCGACUAUCCGACUAUCUCGAUCAAUGUCCGAAUUUGGUGGCGCUUUCGAUUCAACGUGGAAUGUUUGAUACGUCCUUUGUCUCUUCAAAGUACCCAAAGCUCAAAAAAUUGGAUCUCAUCAAGGUCAACGUGAAGAUGGAUGAGGAUACAAUGCUUGAAUUCCUUCGACCAAUUCCUCAGCUACAAGUAUUGAACAUCAUACCCACGCCAUGUUCUACCAUCUUGCCAGCCAUCCACCAAUCAUGUCCAUUAUUGCAGCAACUCUUCCUGGCAAAGAACUUGCCUCCGUGUCUAUCUGGUCUUGGUGACAUUCAUCAUCAUGAAGGAUUGCGUGCAAUGAUUGUAAUGGAUCCAGGAAAAAAGCAAAGGUUCAAGGGAGAUGAUAUGAUGGGCUAUAUUGUUAAGCAUUGUGAUACCAUUGAAAGCCUUGAGAUUGGACCUGGCUUGAAAUUUUCCAUGCCAAGAACCGUAUUGGGACAUGCGGUGAUCCUGGAUAUGACAUUUAUACGAUUGCGCCAAAUAUCCUAUCCUACUCAUGCUGGUGCGUGUUACAUCCCUUUGAUCGUGUGGCUACUACAACUUGCACCUCAAUUGGAAUCGCUGGAAACUGUGCAUGGAAGUAUGCAGGCUGCUGUUUUUGAAGAGCUCAUGCGCCCAAGUCAUCAUCAUUUCAAGAGUAUCGGAUUAAAGGCAAAUGGGUCAUCGGAGGAGACUGAGAAGAGGUUCAUGCAGCACCAUCUCGCUCUUGGUCAUGAAUCGAAUCUGAAAGAGAUCCAUAUACAGAUCAACAACCUCCAGCUAUCGGAUUCAUGGCUCCUAUUGAUUACGCAACUUACACAAUUGAGGCAACUUGAAGUUAGCUGUGAAGGAGCACGUACUAUGCAUGGUGUAGUGAUACCCUUCAUCUCCCAUAUCGCUUCUGGAUGCCCUGGAUUGGAACGAUUUACAUUGACGUCGCUAUCAUUACCCGUUGAUUACAAGAUUCUCAGUAUUAUCGCUCCUCAUACCACCCUCGCAACUAUUUCCAUCAACGCCAGCUGUUUGAUUGGUGAUGCAUCGUUGCUCCCUUCUUUUAUUGGACGCCUUCAACACCUUCAAGCACUUCAUCUCAAUCUUCACUCAUUCGACGACAACAUCUAUGCUGCACUCAAGAGCUCAUCAUUCCAAUUCGUAUACACGUAG